CUCUCUCCCGCCCCGAUGGUAGCAGCCAAUCCCUGAGGGGAUUGUGUCCUGUCUCUCUUCUAUUGGCCUCCUCAGCCUAGGGGUAUUCAGCCAAUCACAGCGCUGGAUUGCACACGUGAUGCGGAUCUUCCUCCCCGCUUGCGGCUGUAGCCGUCGUGCUCCAGGGUCCGGUGCCGAGAGAUGGUGCUGCGCCGCCUGCUCUUCACGCUGCUCAACAACCCGCGGCUCAUCGAGAAGCUGUCAGAGUCGCGGCCGAUCCGCGUGGCGGCCCAGGUCACUGCCUCGGCCCUGACCCGGGCCCAGCUCGGGGGUCGGGCGGCGGCGCGGCGCCUCCUGCGGGAGGGGGGCCUGGCCCGCCUGCGGGAGACCUUCCUGCGUGAACUAAAGGAUGGGGCUCGGGCCCGAGCCCGGGCCCAGGACUGGCCCCGACCUUCUGGGAACAGGCGGGACGGGAGCGGACGCGGAAGCCAGUGAGAGGGUGGGGAGACGGCGAUUCAAGCCCCCGGACCUUCCAGCGAUGGACGGCGGAUUUGCGCUUCCCCAGCCCCACCAAGGAUCUGCGGCCAGGAGAGCUACGAGGAGGCAGCGCCGAGCCAGGGCCCGUUCGCCCCACCCGGAGCGUAGCUGCUCUCGCCAGCGCAGGAGUAGCCGGCAGCGUUGAGCCCACCCAACUCAGUGCGCUGGGUCACACGCGGUAACCAGGAUCUGCGUCCUUCGCUGCCCGUGAGAUUCGCGCUGUCUUCACAAACAGUUCUGCUCAGCGUGCUGUGUUUAAAAUAAACACGUCUGCAUAGUUAUAUUUCCUUCAUUUCCCCACAAAAUACAGUGCAGGCAUCACAUGCCCUAUGGCAGUCCUUUGCUGCUUGACCAACGAAUUAACACCGAAUCAGAUGGAAAGAGGUCAACGGUAUUUGCUACUGGGAACCUCUGAAUUUUAAAAAUAUGGUGGUGAUUCGUUUGGUCUUUGUUUUUAUAAAGUGGAAUGGUGUAAAUAAAAUACCAUGGAUCCCAA